ACUAACAUCCUUUAUUCUCUGGAAAAUGAAAAGUUCUGUUGUGCUCAUAUCAUGCAAAUUAUCACUAGUAGGAGAGCAGAGAGUGGAAGUGUUCCAGAUAUAAAGACCCACAAGAUAAAGACUCUCAGAGUCGUUAGAAACAGGAGCAGAUGUACAGGGUUUGCCUGACUCACACUCAAGGUUGCAUAAGCAAGAUUUCAAAAUUAAUCCUAUUCUGGAGACCUCAACCCAACGUACAAUGUUCCUGGCUGGAAAAGAAGAACUAUAUUUUUCUGAUUUUUUUUUUCAAAUCUUUACCAUUACUUGCCCUGUAUCUCCGUCUUCUCUUUCUGCAGGAAACUUUAUUUCCUACUUCUGCAUACCAAGUUUCUACCGCUAGAUCUGUUUGGUUCAGUUGCUGAGAAGCCUGACAUACCAGGACUGCCUGAGACAAGCCAUAAGCUGAACAGAGAAAGUGGAGUGAACAGGACACAUUUCCCCAGUACAUCCACAGCAUGCUGUCCACAUCUCGUUCUCGAUUUAUCAGAAAUACCAAUGGGAGUGGUGAAGAAGUCACCACCUUUUUUGAUUAUGAUUAUGGUGCUCCCUGUCAUAAAUUUGACGUGAAGCAAAUCGGGGCCCAACUGCUGCCUCCGCUCUAUUCGCUGGUGUUCAUCUUUGGUUUUGUGGGCAACAUGCUGGUCGUCCUCAUCUUAAUAAACUGCAAAAAGCUGAAGAGCUUGACUGACAUCUACCUGCUCAACCUGGCCAUCUCUGAUCUGCUUUUUCUUAUUACUCUCCCACUGUGGGCUCACUCUGCUGCAAAUGAGUGGGUCUUUGGGAAUGCAGUGUGCAAAUUAUUCACAGGGCUGUAUCACAUUGGUUAUUUUGGCGGAAUCUUCUUCAUCAUCCUCCUGACAAUCGAUAGAUACCUGGCAAUUGUCCAUGCUGUGUUUGCUUUAAAAGCCAGGACGGUCACCUUUGGGGUGGUGACAAGUGUGAUCACCUGGUUGGUGGCUGUGUUUGCUUCUGUCCCAGGAAUCAUCUUUACUAAAUGCCAGGAAGAAGAUUCUGUUUAUAUCUGCGGCCCUUAUUUUCCACGAGGAUGGAAUAAUUUCCACACAAUAAUGAGGAACAUUUUGGGGCUGAUCCUGCCGCUGCUCAUCAUGGUCAUCUGCUACUCAGGAAUCCUGAAAACCCUGCUUCGGUGUCGAAACGAGAAGAAGAGGCACAGAGCUGUGAGGCUCAUCUUCACCAUCAUGAUUGUUUACUUUCUCUUCUGGACUCCCUAUAAUAUUGUCAUUCUCCUGAACACCUUCCAGGAAUUCUUCGGCCUGAGUAACUGUGAAAGCACCAGGCAACUGGACCAAGCCACACAGGUGACGGAGACUCUUGGGAUGACACACUGCUGCAUCAACCCCAUCAUCUACGCGUUCGUCGGUGAGAAGUUCAGAAGCCUUUAUCACAUAGCUCUUGGCUGUAGGAUUGCCCCACUCCAAAAACCAGUGUGUGGAGGUCCAGGAGCGAGAUCAGGAAAGAAUGUGAAAGAAACUACACAAGGACUCCUUGAUGGUGGUGGAAAAGGAAAGUCAAAUGGCAGAGCCCCUGAAGCCAGUCUUCAGGGCAGAGAAGGAGCCUAGAGACAGAAGUAACAGAUCUCUGCUUUGGAAAUCACACAUCUGGCCUCACGGAUGUGUGAUUCACAAUGUGAAACUUGGUGUGUAUGUUACCAGGCAGGAAGGCGAGAGGAGAGAGACUCCAGCUGGGUUGGAAAACAGUAUUUUCCAAACUACCUUCCAGUUUCUCAUUUUUGGAUACAGGCAUAGAGUUCAGACUUUUUUAAACAGUAAAAAUAAAAUUAAAGCUGAAAACUGCAACUUGUAAAUGUGGUAAAGUGUUAGUUUGAGUUACUGUCAUGUCAAGUGUGAAAAUGCUGUAUUAGUCACAGAGAUAAUUCUAGCUUUGAGCUUAAGAAUUUGGAGCAGGUGGUAUGUUUGGGAGAUGGCUGGGUCAACCCAAUAGUUGUCGAUUGGCAGGAGUUGGAAGUGUGUGAUCUGUGGGCACAUUAACCUAUGUGGAUGCAGCAUCUAAGUAAUGAUGUCAUUCGAAUCACAGUACACGCUCCAUUGCUGUCAUCUCAGCUGGGUCUCCAUUCUCUCAGGCUUGUUGCCAAAAGCCUUUUGUGUUUUGUUUUGUAUCAUUAUGAAGUCAUGCGUUUAAUCACAUUCAAGUGUUUCAGUGCUUCACAGAUGUCCUUGUUGAUGCUCACAUUGUUCCCUGUUUAGCUAGCGGGAACUCCUAAAUCAAGUUGGCUUCUAAUCAAAGCUUUUAAACCCUAUUUGUAAAGAACAGAAGUUGGAGACGCUCCCUGAAGUAAGCAAAGACUUUCCUCUUAGUCGAGCCAAGUUAAGAAUGUUCUUAUGUUGCCCAGUGUGUUUUUGAUCUGAUGCAAGCAAGAAACACUGGGCUUCUAGAACCAGGCAACUUGGAACUAGAUGCCCAAGCUGGACUGUGGCUCUACUUUCAGGCCACAUGGCUAAAGAAGGUUUCAGAAAGAAGUGGGAACCGAACAGAACUUUCACCUUCAUAUAUUUGUAUUAUCCUAAUGAAUGCAUAAAAUUUUAAUUUGAUGGUGAUGAAAUGUAAAUACUGUUUUUAAAAGCUAUGAUUUGGAAAAUAAAUCAAUGCUCUAACUAUGUUGA